AUGGCGAUGAAACCACAUGGGAAGUCGAUUGUCUCCUCCGAUUAUGACGAAAAAGUCGUGUUCUUCAACGAUCUCUCGCUGGGUCACCAAGAAGCUCAGUUGCGAUUUCGGCUCAUCCAUUUCUGGGAGGCUUGGAACCCACUAAAGAAGACGCUUAUCGGAAACUAUUAUCCAAGGAUUCAUUCCCCGGGGCGUAUCGGAAAAUAUCUGCCUGAUAUGAAGCGAGGAUCUGUUUACAAACUCAACAACUUCUAUGGAUCCAAAAACAAAGCUGUGUUUCGUGUUGCUGAUCAUACCGUUACAGUGUCGUUCUCAUGGAACUCGGAACUGUCGGUUCUUCGAGACUGUCCCAUCCCUUUCGAUGAAGACAGUUUCCGGUUACAUUCGUAUGAGGAAUUUCAAGCUAAGUGUGAUCUCAAAGGAGACCUCUACGAUGUUGUUGGCCACAUGAAGUUGGUUAAUGGUAAGAGUAUCGUUGAGGCCCCCGUUCUUGACGAAGUGGAGAUAGCAAAGGCGAGGCGUGUUCUGAUUCAUAUCCAAUCACAUGAUAGACCGGUCAUGAAGCUAUACCUUUGGGAUCAGGCUGCAAGAGACUUCUGUAAGAAGUUUAAGUCGUACGAGAGCACACCCACUGUGUUACUGGUCACGACCGUUAACACGGAAGACUCUCGAAGGUACUCUUGCCUUGACCUCAAUGUCCUCUUCGCGUGUGUUUAUGGACUACGAUGUCCAACCUACCAUAGAUUACUUCAGUUGGGGUCUAAUCCAGAUAUUGCUGAGCAGGUUAAUGCAGAGGUAGUAACUAAACGUGAGACAAUGACUAUAGGGGAGAUAUUCUCCUACAUCAAGCAGGAAACCGCAAAGGAUGCCUUUUUUGAGUGCACGGCUACAAUCGAUGAUGUCGUGCAUGGUUCUGCUUGGUACUACAUUGCAUGCAGUGGGUGCCAUAGUAAGGUUAGCAAAGGCCCAACUUCGUUGAUUUGUACAAACAAAAAGUGUGGGAAGGUUAACGUAUCCGGUGUGGCACAGUACCUUUCAAAGAUAUCUGUUUAUGACAACAGUGAGCAAGCUGUUAUUGUGCUACUUGGGGAUGCUGGUCGUGAGCUCACUGGGAAGCCCACAUCAGAGUUAGUUAGAAGCUAUUUUGAGGCUAAUGGGAACGAAGGAGUUAACCAUGAGGCGCCUGUUUCGGAAGCUCUGAUCAGCACCAUCGGUCAGAGGCAUAAAUUUUGUGUCAAAGUUAUAGAGCAUAACUUCUCAGGCAAGACCCGAUCUCUUACCGUGACCAAAAUCCUCCCUCUAGACACUCCACCAGCGACAGAGUCUUCGGAAGGUAACCAGACUACUGCAGCAUCGGAGGAAACAUCCAUAAACCAUGUGGAUUCUGCAGAGGGGAGUAAGAGAACUUGUGACAGUACUGAGCUAAAGAAAGCUAAACGCCCUAAGCGUGGGGACUAG